GCAUAGGCACGAAUAACUUCCACGUUCGCCGCCAUUUUGACAUCCAGCGAUUUGUAGAGACUUUAGUGAAUUGUAGCGUUUUUCGUCAUAUUUCGUAUAUUUGCUUCCGAAAAUACGACUUAAAAAGCUGCAAAAUGGGGAAUAUGUUUGCAAAUUUAUUUAAAGGCCUAUUCGGCAAAAAAGAAAUGAGAAUAUUGAUGGUGGGUCUCGACGCCGCUGGUAAAACUACAAUUCUAUACAAACUAAAAUUAGGCGAAAUUGUUACAACAAUUCCUACUAUUGGGUUUAAUGUUGAAACUGUAGAGUACAAAAACAUCAGUUUCACUGUAUGGGAUGUUGGUGGCCAAGACAAAAUCAGACCACUGUGGAGGCAUUACUUCCAAAACACACAGGGUCUCAUCUUUGUAGUAGACAGUAACGACCGAGAGCGUAUCGGUGAGGCGCGCGAGGAACUCAUGCGGAUGUUAAGCGAAGAUGAGCUACGGGAUGCUGUACUUCUCAUCUUUGCAAACAAACAGGAUCUGCCGAACGCGAUGAAUGCAGCGGAGAUAACGGACAAGCUGGGGCUGCAUUCGCUGCGCAACCGUAACUGGUACAUCCAGGCGACGUGCGCCACAUCCGGCGACGGCCUAUACGAGGGGCUCGACUGGCUCUCCAACCAGCUCAAGAACGCCAACCGCUAACCACAGACAAUCUGAUUACUGAAAGAGACUAUGGUUUAAGAUAUGUUAACUUUAUUUGCUAUAAAUGAAUACAAUGUAUUAUGUGCGGAUUCAUAAAUGUAAUGCGUCACCCGGUGACCGAGCUCGCAUCGCAUUCUCGCUGAACUUGCAUACUUUGGAGCUAACCCUUUUGUGUAACUGUACCCUUUGAAUCCUAUACAAUUAACCGUUUCAAACUAUUUAUAAUCAGUGUACAAAUUAUCCGGGGGUCGUGCUGUGUAAUUAGCAUUAAUCUGUGUGUGUUCCACAUCCCAAAGGAUGCGUUGUUUGUUCGAUCUCUGAUGACUUGGAACAAACGAUAGAGUGUAAAGUUUGCUAAAUUACAACUUUUUUUUUUGUUUACAAUCAAUACAAUACAGUGGAUCAGUGUACACUUAAACAGUGUUCGUGCAUUGUGAUGUGGAUAGGUUCGUAGCUGACUCGUGAUAAAGAAUCACAGCAUAACAUGUUUUAUAUGUAUACUAUAAUGUGGAAUAAGUUGUCGUAAUAAAGUAUUUAAAGUUAAUUCACAUAUACGACUUUAAUUCAAUAUUUACUCUAUUAGUUAAUUAGUGGAACAUUCUGGUAGCUGCAGUGCUCUUGCGGAAUGCAUUUGUAGUGUGCCCGCUGUAAGUUUGCUGUUUGAGUUUGUCGUGAUUGACCGGAAUAAAAUGCUCAUGACGGCUUGACUUGUAACAUUUUUUAAUCCUUUGUCAUAUGUUCUGAAUAAAACUUAUGUUUGUAGUACGCUUGCUGUUUCUCACACGACGAGGUACUUCGACUACGCUCAUGAUGCCUUUGAUAAUGUACAGGAAGGACAGGAAAUAAUUUUCAAGUGCCACAUAGAUCCCACCUCGGCUGAAACCUAUUCACAUUGCUCAGAUGCUCAGUAUAACAGUAUUCCUUCCCCUGAAGCUCUUAAUAAAAUCUGUGCGUACAUUUAUAACUAGAAUGACUUAUUGUAUAAUUUUAAUUUUGAUUGAAGUUAAUUAGGUAGCGUAAGCUGUUAUGUAUUUUACAUUCAAAAAACAUUUCAUAUUGAUAUUUCUUAUGUGGAGGCGGCUUGUGAUGGACCUGCAUUUAUUUGAUUUCUCAUGACGAACCGAUAUUUAGUUUUAGGUAUUUUGAAAGCAUGUGUCUGUACUGAUCAAGUGUUUCUUUCAUGGAACUGCUCAGGAUUGGGAUGUUUUUUGAUCAUACACAAUUAAUUAUAACUUAGCAUUUUUAUAAUGAUUUAGAAGAAGUUGUUGGGACACUGUCAAGGAUAUAAUUAUGUAGGACGUGCGAUGGAUAGUUUUUUUUUUAUUUUCAUGGAAAUCAAGGAGAUAAAUGAAGAAGCGAUAUGUGACAUUCCGGUUUCUCUUAUGCUGUAUUAUGGAAUAAAGUAUCCUCACCAA